AUGUACAUGAAGACCACAAACAAGACGGGAUUUAUGCCAAAUCAUAAGAGGUUAUGCAGGCCAACCCGCCUCCCUGAGAUUCCAGGUGACCUUAUAUCAGAGAUCCUCGUUCGCCUCCCGGUGAGAUCGCUCCUGCGGUUCAAGUCGGUGUGCAGGACCUGGCACGCCACCAUCUCCGGCCGAUCCUUCAUCAGCACGCACCUCCAGCGCUCAUUCUCCGACCACCAGCGCCACCCGUCCUUCCUGAUCAGCCCGGAUUUACAGGCAAAAAAAGAGCCAAACAAAAUCAGACUAUACCGAUGGCAGAAGGGUCAAGACAGCGCGAGGCUCGUGUACACGCUGGACCUCCAACGAGACUCCGCUCCAGUUGAAGUCUACAUGCUUGGCCAUUGCAACGGACUCGUGCUAGUUCCCACGGACACCAAGAUGCACGUCCUCAACCCCUCCACCAGGGAGCUUCUCACGCUGCCCGAGAGCACCCGCGGCAUGCUCUCGCCAUCCUCCAUAUUCCGCUCGAUCGUCGGCCUUGGUCUCGAUCCGUCUACAAACAACUACAAGGUUGUCCGGUUCUUUUCCUAUCCAUCGGAUCUGUCCCGCAUUGGAAUGGAGAUUUGUACGAUCAAUGAAACCGGCAGAGCUUGGAGGAGCAACGUUGCAGAUCCACCGUACCCUAUUUCCGAUUACCAAACCGCUACAUUCUUCCAAGGCUCUCUUUUUUGGACCCUCGACGAGCUUAUUCUCAUGCCACCCCCGGAGUGCCGAUUGCUUCGCUUCUGCUUAAAAGACGAAGUAUUUAGCUUUGUUAUGCACCCUCCAUGCCCUGGUCUUGACGACGGCGAUGAAUUCACCUUAAAUGUGCUAGACGGUGAAUUGUGCCUAGCUCAGUUUGACUCUUCGCAGCGGAUGGUGAUGUGGAUGACAAAUGACGCCGUGAACCCACAGUGGGAUCGCCGAUACGUCCUUCAUAUUGAGCCCUCCCUCACCAUAGCAAUUUCACACCAUGGGUUGCUUUUGGUGGAUCGGCAUCGUGUCUUCCAGUAUGAUUUCCAAAGUCAGAAAACAGAGGAUGUGGCUCGCUUGGAUGGCCUAAAGUAUGAUGGACCUGGGUCAAGCACCAUAAAGUAUGUGCGUCGAUGCACUUGCUUUGUCGAUGUAGUUCCUUGCAUCGAGAGUCUCAUUGCCAUAGACAGUGCAGUGUGA